UGAUAUGGUUUGCCGAUCAUCAAGUUGAUUGAUCAAUUAGAAAAAAUGUUUAUCAUCAGUUUGACCAGAUCAUCAUUCUCAACAAAAUCUUUAUUAAAUCAGACAAUUCGACCAUUAGCUCAUUAUGUCAUCAAUCAAAAUGGUGAAAAGGUUGUCGUAAGUAAACGUACUAGUCUUCGUUCGAAACGAGAAAAAUGGCAAAAUGUCAAGGCGAUGGAAUAUGAUGAGGAAUUGCGGAAAAUACACAAAAUUGAACGAAACGAAAGACUACAUUCAGAUCCUGAACAAGCAAGACAAAUGGCAGAGGAUAAAUUUCAACGAUUAGCCGAUCGUUUACAUUCCUCCGGCUUUUGUCGUGAUAAAAAACCGUACGAACCACCGGAAAAUACCAGCCAAAUUCUCGAUGAAAUUUGCCGUGAAGUAUGUAGAGAUUCGAAAGUUUUUUCAAAUCUAAACGAAAAGUUCAAUUUUUUAACCAAAUGUCAGGAACGAUUCGACCAUGAAAUGACCAAUUCAGAACUUUAUCGGAUGGAUACAAUCGAUGAUGUUAGAAAUUAUUAUAUGACACCAGUACGCGGCCGAUCCAAGUAUAAUGUGUGGGCUUAUGAAAAAUCAACGCUGCCGCCAAAUUUAAACCUAAUACCCGAACCAUUAAGGUUUAAUCCAAAAACGGACACAUUUUUUGACGGUAUUAAUGCGUUUCCUGGUCAAUCACCUCAAGUAGUCGGAUUAAGAGCUAAGAAAAAGUAUUCACACAUAGAAGAUAAUUUCAUCUGGCCCGAUGUUUAAUAAUAUUAAUAGUUUUUUCAUUUUAAUAAAUUUGUUAAUUAAUUAAAAAAAAUACAUAUGAAA